UGUUAUCCUACGAAGAUGUGCGAUAGCAGGGUAUAAAAGGGAUGGGAGCUCAAUUCAUUAACUAUGUGAGCCUUUCCCCCCCUGCUUCCCUACACAGACCUCCAGAGAGAUCCAUACACCGUCCACCUACAAGCAUGCUGUGUGGAAAUGUCGGCUGGGUUGCUGGGCUGCUCUGCGCUUGUGCUGUGAUGUUAGGACCUAUGGGCCAGCCUGUGAACAACAGGGAGGUGGGAGAGGUGUUAAGGGGAGAUAAUAUGACAACUCCUGCACGCAACAACUGGAAUGAGUCAACAUUCGCUGCCAAGCAUGAUGUGCGUCAGUCCUUCUUGUUGUCUGCUGCGGAGCAGGAGUUUGUCCUGAAGAGGAAACAAAUAGCAAUGAAGUCACUCAACAACCUGGGAAUCACUUUAACACUGGACUCAGUUCCUCACAUUGCACUCUUGGGGUCAGGUGGGGGUCAGAGGUCAGCCUUGAGUCUGGUGGGUUCCCUCUAUCAGAUGGAAAAGGAAGGCCUGUUGGACACUGUGCUCUACCUGGGAGGAGUUUCUGGCUCUGCCUGGUCCAUGUCGUCCCUGUACAGAGACCCACAGUGGAGCGCCAACAUGGACAGAGUGGUGUCCAAUCUGUCAGGUCCUGAGGUCCCUCUGGAGCAGGCUCUGGCCUGGCUGGGCGAGAGGGCAAAGGAGGAGCACUUCUCUCUCACUGAUAUCUGGGGGGUCGUGACCUCAGUCGGGAUCAUGAAACAGCUGGAUCCUCGACAUCUUUCUGAGGAUAGCAUGACCGCCUUCAAUCCCUAUCCCGUAUACAACGCAGUGGACAAAAACUGCCUUCAGAAUGGCCCUGAAAAAGGUAAAUGGUUUGAGAUGACUCCUCGAGAGGUUGGCUUCACAGAUCUGGGCCUCUUUAUUAACACCUCUCGUCUAGGCAGCAGAAACUAUGAAGCAGAUCCUGAAGUGCAAGAGAUGGACAUGGUCAAGCUGCAAGGUAUAAUGGGCAGCGCAGUAGCAAAUGAACAGAGUCUGUUCAACUUUAUGCCUGUCUGGCUGAAAGGUCUGGUGGGAGCAGCUACUGAUGAAAACAACUUACUGGAUGUGGCGUUUCUCUGGACUGAAGUACCAAACCAGGUCAAGAAGUUCUGGGACGUCAGUGACCGUUACAUGCGUGGGUACCAUAGCCUUUUGAAGGUAACGGAGCUGAUCAGAAAAAACACAGAGGAUCCCACUGUUUUAUCUGGGCUGGACGACCUGCAGAAAACACUGAAAGAGAGUUUGAACCUAAACCCUAUGGCUUCAUUUGAAAAGAAGAGCCCAAAACAACAACAAAAGCUGAUCCUGGAGCAGUGGGGUCAGAAGAUGGCACCCAUACAUACUUGGAUCCAAAGUCUGGAGGAAGGACCAGUCAAAAGUGGUGUCUCUCUGUUGAUCCAAAAAGUCUUCCCACUGAUUCAGAAAUGGGAAUGGGGAACAACUGAAAACUUCCUCUACCAAUACCCAGGUGCUGCAGUGCCGGCUUGCCUCAGACUUAAGGAGCACAUAGAGCUGAUAGACGCUGGUUUGAUGCUCAACAUGCCCUACCCUCCCUUCCUGGGAGAAAAGAGAGACGUAGACCUCCUUAUUGCCCUGGAAUCCGGAGCUGAUGACAUCUUCAAGACUCUCAUUCUUGCCAGAGACUAUGCAGCCGAGGUGAAGAAGCCUUUCCCAGAGAUAGACCCCAAGAUCCUGGAGGAGAGAGACUGGCCGAACGACUGCUACGUGUUUGAGGGAAAAGAGAAGGAGCCCACGAUCAUUUACAUGCCGCUCUUCAACAGACGCAACUGCAAAGAUGCUGAGGAGUUCAAAGCAAAGAUGGAGGAGUUCUCCACCUUCCAGCGUCCCUUCAGCCAGGAGAAGACUGAGUUUGUGCUGGAGACGGCGAAAUUCAACAUUAAGAACAACAAGGAGACUCUGCUGAGGGAGAUUAACAAAGCUGCUCUCCGCCGACACAACAAGAGCUACGGGUCUUGGGCAGAGUCCGGCUUCUAAACUUCAUGGAGUCUGCAUCACACAAGCACUGAGAAACUGGCGGGGAAUACAUUGUCCAUCUCUCCAUCACUGAAACACUGUUACAGUUAUUCAUUCAAAAGUUGACAGUGCAGCUGAAACCAUGUUUAUGUGUAUACAUUCCUGUCACAUCUGGAUGUAGUAACGUAAAUGGAACACUAGAGGUCUGUCUAUGUUCACCAUGUUUUGACUUGAAUGUAUUGAUAACAGUGGCAUUCUGUAGAGUUUGAAUUUUAUGAAAUUGCAAUAAAUGUGAUUUUCUGAAGUAGUAA